AGAGAUCCUUUGAUACGAACAAGUGUGCGUGUACUGUUGCAAGAUAAUAAUCAGGGAAGAAUAGAUUUUUGAAAAUAGAGUCACGGAAACGCUUAGUAAUUGAGUUUCAUCUUUACGACUUGUUGUUCCUACAAAGUUGAAGUAUUCAUUUAACUCGAUAAAGACGUAGUCAUGCUGUAUUUUAUUUGGAUUGUUUUAUUUCAUCUUUAUUCAAAUGCAGCCGCGUGCCCAAUUAAUUGCAGCACGUGUUCAGAUUCCGGCAAGUGUCCACGUUGCCGAGACGAUUAUUUCUAUGGUGAAAUGUGUGGCACUGAAUGUACCCACUGUUACACAGGCACAACGUGUGCCAAAUUGGACGGACAUUGUUACGGGCACGCAUGCGCAGAUGGUUUGACCGGUUAUAAUUGCAACGUUUCUUGUCCUGACGGGUGCAAAAAAUGCGAACGGUACAAUCCCAUGCAUUGUGGGCUGUGCAAAGCUGGCUGGUAUGGCUACAAUUGGAGCGUUGCCAGUUACACGUGUACGCAAAUGUGCUCUUCUACCUGUUUAAAUGGCAAGUGUCAUCUUGUCAAUGGCAGCUGUAUUGUGGGGUGUGAGGUCGGCUGGUGGGGAACUAAGUGUGAACAUGACUGUCAAAACUGUAUACAUCUUUCAUGUGAACAACAUACGGGAUAUUGCGCAAAAAAAUAUGACCAAAGUGUGUCGACUAACAAGACGGAUCAAGGAAGUUCCGAGGCUGUAUCCAGUUCGCGUGAUUAUAUCAUAGCUGGAUCCGUUGCUUGUGUAGUGCUUGUACUUGUCUCCAUCCUGUGCUUUCUAGGAUAUAGAAGCAACAAUCGACUGAUUGUUUCAAUCCACAACAGCGUCGACGCCCUCAUGUCUAGACUGAAUCGAAAUCCUGAACGGAGAGUUGGCAAUGAUGAGUUGAAGGAUGAAUAUGAUCAUGAUACAGAAGGAACAUCAGGCCCGUAUGAAUCCCUCAGUGACAACCGUGGACAUCAAGUAUACGACACGGUAUUAUAGGUAGCUCCUAGGCCGCUUACUCAAAGCAGGAAAUUGUGUACCGGUGGAUUUAGCGGCCUUUGAAUAAACAUUAAGGAUAAUUGUCUGAAUGUUUCUUUGAUGUUUGAUUUAUGUAGUUUUUUAUUAUGGUAUUCUGUGGACAAAUUUGUAAAUGUUGGAUGACUGGCUACCCCAUAUUAUCCCAUAUUAUUUUAGUAUCGUUUCUAAGUGUUGAAUGUAUAGAAGACAAAAAUGUUAAUGUUGGAUGACUGACUACCAUAUAUUAUCCCAUAUUAUUUUAGUAUCGUUUCUAAGUGUUGAAUGUAUAGAAGACAAAUAGGUCAAUGUUGGAUGAUUGGCUACCCCAUAUUAUCCGAUAUUAUUUUAGUAUCGUUUCUAAGUGUUGAAUUUAUAGAAGACAAAAAUGUUAAUGUUGGAUGACUGGCUACCCCAUAUUAUCCCAUAUUAUUUUAGUAUCGUUUCUAAGUGUUGAAUGUAUAGAAGACAAAAAUGUUAAUGUUGGAUGACUGGCUACCCUAUAUUAUCCCAUAUUAUUUUUUAUCGUUUCUAAGUGUUGAAUGUAUAGAAGACAAACAUGUUAAUGUUGGAUGACUGGCUACCCUAUAUUAUCCCAUAUUAUUUUAGUAUCGUUUCUAAGUGUUGAAUGUAUAGAAUACAAAAAUGUUAAUGUUGGAUGACUGGCUACCAUAUAUUAUCCCAUAUUAUUUUUUAUCGUUUCUAAGUGUUAAAUGUAUAGAAGACAAACAUGUCAAUGUUGGAUGAUUGGCUACCAUAUAUUAUCCCAUAUUAUUUUUAGUAUCAUUUUCAAGUGCUGAAUGUAUAGAAGACAAAUGAGUAAUUAUUAAACCGAUAAAAAUAUGACCAAACACGGUGUGUUGACCUUGGAAGAUGGAAAAUCUGACAUUUCAUCAGAUUGUCAACUUUCGAAAUCUCUACGGACAAAACGGCAUAUGUUUUCAAUUAACAUCGCAUUCCAGAGCGGCCCUGUCAUUUCAUACUGUGGUUUAAUUAUUAGUUUUGUUUACUUAAUAGUGCCAAACGCGAACACACGUCUAGAGUUAGUUAGUAAAGGUUUAGAUUAGGUAAUUGAUAUUUACUUGAGUUAUACAUUUUGUUAACUUUUCAUUUUAGUUAAAAUUGCUCCAAAAUAAAAAUUGUAACACUUUAAACAUAAAUUCAACAGGCCCACUUUCAAAUCCAGGUUCACUUUAAUACAUCGUCGGAUAAAUAUGACUGAACGACAUGUGUUACUGACGAUUUCUCAUUAUUCAUUAAAGGCAACCUCAAAUAAACAUUACUAUCACUGAUCGGAUCAACUCGCGAAUAAUGUUCUUAUAUUUGGUAUACAUCACCGUUGCGCGGCAAGGUUCAUUACAGGUAAUUACCUCUCCCGUGACCAAGGAUGUAUCGCAAGAAUGUUCAACUCUCUCCACUGGCCGUUGGACGAUUGUCUUACUCGUAUUUCUGUCUGAAGCAUUCGAUAUCGUUAACGUUUACACUUAGAUUCUCAUAGUAGGACGCUACCUUAAAGAUGCACUCUUACUCCCAAAUAAGAUUGACCACAAUUAUAACUAUUGUUUUCAUUUACCAAAAAGGAUGAAUAAAUGUCGAAAACAAUGGUUCUGAAUUCAAAGAAUAAUGAGUUAAAUUUGAAAAAAAUGUGCAAAACACGCAAAACACGGUACCUUAUGACAUGAUAGAAGAUCACAGUAAAUCUUCUGGGAUUCACCAAUCAUUUAAUAUUAUUGCGUUUUCAGCUAUUAAACAUACACGGUUACAAUCUUGUUAUCAGUAAUUAAUAUUUUUCAUAAAUGCAUUAUUUAGUAAGUAUUUAAAGGUUUAUCACUCAAAUAUUAUGUUUGUUAUACAUGUGUAUGUACUGAUUUUGAAUAAGUGUGUAACUUUAAUCUGAAGUCUUACCGUUCUUAUGUAGCAUGUGUAACUGCAGUACAUACUGCAGGCUUGUUUGUCAAGUUUGUAUCCUUGCAUUUUGACGUGAACAAUCCUCUUUGUGAUGGAAAUGUUGAUUAGUUUUUACAAAGUGUUGUCUUAAAUUUCUGAACUGACCACUGUGUAAUAUAGGGCAUUUCUGGUGACCUUUCCGAUAAUUGGUGUUUGUUGUAAAUGAUAUAAGCAGGCGUUUCGUAAUUGUCAAAUUGUUAAGUGUUGGAUAUUUGUUCUAUAUGUGUCGUUUUAGAAAUAUCUUUUUCCAUUGGAACUUCAUAAACUGAUUUAUAAAACAAAAUCGAUCUAUUUUAUGAAUGUGUAUUGACAAGUUUUAUAGGAUCCUUUUUUCUCAGACCUGUGAAGAAUAUGAUCUGGGAAUAAUAAGGUCCUACAGA